CGCGUCGUGUGUAGGUCACUCCCAUUAUUACAAAAAUUAUAUCUAUCAAAGCGCGCGCCUUUUUCAAAUAAAAAAAAAAUAUCGUUCCAUUUUCGAUUCCUAGUGAUUUAAAUAUCGACAGUUUUAUUUUAUUUUUAAUUAUAUUGUGCCAGUGCGUGUUGAAAAGUAAAAGGAGGUGAAACGCUUUUAAUUUGGUAUACAUAAACAAUGUUCACAUAACGGUGAUACCACAAGAUUAAAGAUGGCCGUGCCAGCUGUGGUGGUAAAGCGCGCCUACAAGUACUAUGGAAAGCAGGACAAGCCGGGCUACAAGCCUGUUUUACAGUACUUGGACAUGACCGUUGAAAAAGGCAUAAUAUAUGGUCUUCUGGGAGCAUCUGGCUGUGGAAAAACAACGUUACUAUCAUGUAUUGUUGGUAGACGGAAACUUGACAGCGGAGAAGUUUGGGUCCUUGGUGGCAAACCAGGAGAAAAGGGUAGUGGUGUUCCUGGGCCAAGAGUUGGGUACAUGCCUCAGGACAUUGCUCUCGUUGGCGAGUUCACUGUUCGCGAUGCUGUUUACUACUUCGGAAGAAUAUACGGCAUGAAGGCGCAGAAGUUAACGGAACAAUUUGAUUUCCUGACCAAUCUUCUAGAUUUGCCUAGUGGUAGUCGACUUAUAAAGUCACUUUCUGGGGGACAGCAAAGAAGAGUGUCCCUGGCAGCUGCGUUGGUUCAUGAUCCAGAACUGCUUAUAUUGGAUGAACCAACAGUAGGGCUGGAUCCUGUCUUAAGAGAACGAAUCUGGGAGUACCUGGCUGGACUGGCCAGGGGAGGUACAACAGUCAUAAUCACGACGCACUACAUCGACGAAACGAAACAGGCGCAUAAGAUCGGUCUACUCCGAGACGGUCAGCUGUUAGACGAAGAUUCCCCAAAUGAAAUCCUUCGUAAAUACGACUGUGAUACGCUCGAGGACGCUUUCUUCAAGAUGGCGCUCAGACAACACGAAAUCUCACACAGACGGAGAUCGACUCUCACGACUUCGCCCGACGUGAUACCAGAGAGCAGUAUAGUGAAUGAUAGCCGUUAUCAGUCCAGAGAAGAUUUUAAUGUAGUAACUAGCAGUACAGAUAUAUUAACUAGCCAAGAACAAGAACACAAAAAGAACAUGUCAAAAGGUCGAUAUAAAGCCGUUUUAAUUAAAUGUAUACAACAGUUUUCAAGGCAUCCAGGGGGUCUAAUUUUCGCCGUGUUUUUCCCAAUCAUACAAGUGGUGGCGUUCUUCCUCGCGGUGGGUCACGACCCUAUAGACCUACAUUUAGCUGUUGUCAACGAUGAAGCUGCAUUCUCAUCAAUUGGAUUAGACAUUUGUAAGUACGGAAACAUGACGACUGUGACGCAGAGGGAAGACGAAUCGUGCGAUCAAUACAUGCUAAGUUGCUGGUUCCUUGAAGAAUUGGAAAAACGAAAAUUGUAUUCUACGACAUACAAGUCGGUGGAGGAGGCGAAGUACGCGGUGACGAAGCGGCAGCUGUACGGCGCGCUGCGCUUCCCGCGGAACUUCAGCGCCGCGCUGGCCGUGCGCGUCGCCGACGGACGCGCGCCCGACAGCGUCGUGGACGACAGCACCGUCGCCGUGUGGCUCGACAUGAGCGAUCACCAGAUUUCGAACUUUGUGAAGAUGCAGAUCCACAAAGCGUACGAAUCAUUUGCGAGACGUUCAAUGCGAGCCUGUGGGAAGAAUGAGGAACUCGUCCAAAUUCCUGUAAGGUUCGAAGAGCCGGUUUUCGGCACAAUGGACUCCGAGAUCGUCGCGUACAUGGCUCCCGGCGUUAUGGUCACCAUAAUCUACUUCCUGGCGGCCAUCGUGACGUCGACGCUGAUGAUCUCGGACCGGCUGGAGGGCGUGUGGGAGCGCAGCGCCGUGGCGGGCGUGCGGCCGCACGAGAUGCUGCACGUGCACAUCCUGCUGCAGGCCAGCGUCAUCCUCGUGCAGACGUUCGAGAUGAUGUUGAUUGCGUUCGUGGGAUACCAGCUGCCCUCGCGUGGGUCGCUGUGGGCGUGCGGCUUGCUGCUGUUCCUGCAGGGUCUGGGUGGGAUGUGCUACGGCUUCCUGCUCUCCGUGCUCUGCUCGAGCUACACCGUCUCCUUCUUCAUCGCCACCGGUAGCUUCUACCCCAUGAUCCUGCUCUGUGGAAUUCUCUGGCCUCUCGAAGGCAUGCCGAACUAUCUCCGAUUGUUCUCACUCGGCCUUCCCUUCACCCUUCCUUCCAAGUCCCUCCGAGACCUAAUGGAGAAGGGUUCCUCUAUCACCAACCCUGACGUUUACAGCGGAUUCCUCAUCACCGUGGCGUGGAUCAUCGGCACUCUAACAUUAUGCUUUAUAAGGUUAAAAUAUAGAAAAACGUAGUCCCUUAGGUACGGUUCAAUAUUCUUGUGCUUAACGCAUCACAAAUUCCAAAUUAUAAAUAUCUUCAAGACAUAGAAUCUUGUACUAUAUGUAUGUACAGCUAAAAUUAUUUAAUUAAAGACCACCGUUGCUAAAACAAUUUAAAAAGUACAUAGAAAUCGUGACAUAUAUUUCUAAUUUGCUACCUAAUGUACAUAUAAGUUUAUUAAGUCUAUUAAAAAAUAUUUUCUAGAAGUCCAGCUGUUUAUGAAGUUACUUUUGACGAUUGUGAUGAUUCGCUAGUUUCGGUCGAGUGGCCACUAGAUGGCGUGAGCACCAAGUUUCGCUUCUCGGUGAUGUUUAGGUUAAGCGAGCUCCGCUCCGAGCUCUCUCGGGUAGCUGUAUAUAGCUUACGUUAGCUUUAUGUGGUAUCAUAGCAUUAAUACGGUUAAGUACGCGUAGUUUCUAAGUUAUAGGUUUUAAUAUCCGAAGCAAUGUGAUUUUUAUCAAGUGUAAGUACACUUAUUGUAUUUUAUACGUGCAUUUUGUAAAAUAAAGAUGCUCUUUGUA